AUGGUUCCGUUUUGUGUGAGUACGCGCGUGCGCACCGACGCCUCUCCGAUGAUAUUUUAUUUACUCCCGAAACCCAAGAUGGCUCCUGUGAAUGUCUCAGCCCCAUAGCGAACCGAGGAUGAGAGCAGCUGCUGAAAAGACAACUUUCCCUCGACCGUCGCAUCGCCUGGAGUUCAGCCCGCCCGCUGCGGAGGAGGCUCUCCGCUCCGUCUAGGCCCCCAGCCGCCGCCGGAGCUCCGCGGAACCUUCUUCAACCACCGAUUUGGAGUAGUUUCGCGAAGUCGCUCUUGUCGGGGUGUCGCUGUCUGUCCGGAGCGAGCUCAUCCAAAUGGCCGAACCGAGAAAAGUGCAGUUUGUCACCCUGUCGGCCUUCGCAGCCGGAACGGCCGCGGAGUCCAGGAAACGCCGGCUGGAGGAGGAGGAGGAGGCCGAUUUCAACUUGGACAGAGCCGGAGAGGCAGAGGCAGGCAGCGGGGCAGGAGGCAGCGCCACUAACGGCGACAGGGAGCAGGCUGCCGCCGAGCAGAGGGCGACCGUUCGGCUCAACCUGUCCCUGUCCGAGCCCGACGACCGGACCUCCGCAGAGUUUAACUACGGCGAACUCCUCCAGAACCUCCAGAAAAAAAUCAAUCUUCCGAGUGUGACUUCCUCCCUCAGUCUCUUCAACGAUGAGCAACGUGAGCGGCUGGAGGUGGAAGCUCUGGCCAAAAAGUUUGAAAAUAAAUAUGGUAACACGGGUACGAAAAAGAGAAAGGAUCGGAUGCAGGAUCUGAUCGAUAUCGGGUUCGGUUACGAUGAGACGGACCCGUUUAUAGACAACUCUGAAGCCUACGAUGAGCUGGUGCCCGCGUCUCUGACCACAAAGCUCGGGGGAUUUUACAUCAACACGGGCACGUUGCAGUUCAGAGCGGCCUCUGACUCAGAGGGAGAGGAGGACAAGAAGCUGAACAGUGAUAAAGAGCAGGCGAUGAAAAAGAGGAAGAAGAAUGAAGCGAACUGUCUGGAAGAGAAUAACCUGAAGAGGAAUAGAGAAACUAAACCGGGUGUCCAAGCUCUCAACCUCCACCGACCAGAGAAGAAGAAGAGAAAGAAACUGAUGAAGGACUCGUUGUACCUGGCGGCCAUGCUCCGCCGUUUCACCCGGGAAAAAGAAGAGAUGAAGAAAAGAAACCCCAACAUGGAUCCCCUCCGCUUGGCAGCUGGUACUGCCAGUAAACCUCCCUCUGGAAACUCCAAAUCCCUCCCCUUAGCCUCGAACUCCACCCACCUUCAGGGCGGUACAUCUACCGGCGACCUCUUACUCACAGACCUCACCCCAGACCCCACCAUCAUGUCACUGCUGGGCUCCGCAAACGAGAAGGAGCUGCAGGACCUCCUGGGAGAUCUGGACUUUAACUUGUUGGACACGGACCAGCAGCAUGCAGUGGUGACGGCCAGGGAGAACGGCAUUCUGGGUAUUGGCCUUCCAUCCCAAAAAACAGCAGUGUGUGGGGGUAGUGGCCAGGGGCGAAUGCCGGGGUCUUCCGGCGGACUGUUUUCGCCGCCGCCGCUGCCUGAUGGACUGCCUGCUCCUCUAAUUAAACGCAUUGAGGACCUGCGGGCGGCAUCGCGGCAGUUUGAUCAGGAGGGCAGGAAGAAAUUCUUCACCCUGGACAUGAAUAACAUUCUCCUGGAUAUUGAGCUGCAGGUCCAGGAGCAGCCUCCAGAGAAACGCUCAGACAUCUAUUCGCACAUGGAAGCAUUUGUGCCGUGCAACAAAGAGGCCCUCCUGAAGCGUCUGAAAAAGCUCAGCCUAAACAUCCAGGAUGACCGGCUGCGGGCUCCCCUGCUGAUGCUGAAGUUGGCCGUUUGUAGCGUCAUGCCUGAACAGAUCGCGAGAUUUAACAUGGAUUGUAUGGCCAAGGUUGCAAAGCAGCAGUCCGAAGAGGGGGACAGGAAUGGCUCAGAGGAAGAGGACGAUGAGAAACCUGGGAAAAGAGUGAUGGGACCACGAAAGAAGUUCAUCUGGGACGACAAGCUCAGGACCUUGCUGUGUAAUGUGGUCCGUGUGAAGCUGAGCUGCUAUGAGAUGGAGAGCCAGUGCACUCUGUCUGUGGAGGACUACCUCAAAGCCUUCUUGGAGAACGAGGUCAAACCGCUGUGGCCCAAAGGCUGGAUGCAGACCAGGAUUUUGUUCAAAGAAAGUCUUGCUGUUCACAGUCACCUCACUGGAAACCUAGUCCGAAGGAGGGUGGUGCCUGGACCCAAGGCCAAAGCUAAGGAGGGUCUGUGGCUCAACAAAGCGCCUCCAACCAUGACCUCCAGCCGCCAGCCCCUCCCUCUGUCCUCCCCCCCUGACCCCAUCUGCCUGUCGGACUCUCUGGACGAGGACUUGACGGCUCCCUCUCUGGACUCCAUCUCUCACGCUCUGGCUCUGCUCAGCAGCGCCUCUAAGGGCCUGGGCCCCGCAGACAGCCCCAUGUCGCCCCCCCCUCUCCAGAUGUCCACCUCCUCCCCCCCGCCCGUUGCCCCUCACUACCCCGCUGCUUCCCAGUUGUCCACCUCGUCUACUUUGCAUCAACAUUCCCUGUCCAGGGUAGAGGCGGCCCCUCCCGCUGCUGCUUCUACUGGGAACCAAUCAGGAGCUGCUCCAGCAGCCCCUCCCACUACCUCUGCUUCCUUAUCGUCGUCUUCUUCUUCUCCUGUUGUCUCCUCCGCGGCUCGUGUUCAAACCUCCGGCCUGCUGUUGACCUCCAGGACUGCUGAGGGUCACUUUGUGCAGAUCAAAGCUUCUGGUACGGCGGCUCAGACUCAGAGACAUGUUACCAUGGCAACCCCCAGCCACAGGCCCGGUUCCGCUCUGGGGAAGAUCCACCCACAUCCCUCCCCUUCACCCCCGAAGCAGCGGCCGCCGCCCACCGCCUCGCCUCUGCUGCCCCCCCAUCAGAAAGGCUUCUCCUGCCCUGCGGGGUUACUGGGAAAGAUGGGGGGGGGCCAGGUGGCGCCCAAGAGCAGCGGGAAAUCCAGCGGCCUCGGCAGCAACGGCGCCGCCCUGAGCAGCCCCGCCCCACCUUCAUCUUCGCCUUCCUCACAGCCGCGCUCCAACUCUACCUCCCUCAGCGGGUCGCAGUCCUUCUGCCCGCCCUCCCCAGCCGCCUCCUCACCGUCCCCCACCUCCCACACGGCCCACCCCCCUCAGAGCAAACCCCAGAUCCACCACCAGGCCAACUUCAUCACCCCCAUGCAGGCCACCCUCACCAAGUCCUCCCACAGCAGUAACUCCUCCCCCAUCAUUAAACUCACGCCUCGCCCCCCUGCGCCCACCCCGCCCCCCUCCUCCUCCCCAUCGCCGUCCUCCUCCCCCUCACAGCAGCUCUCCCACCAGAUGAUCUCCGCCCACCAGUACUCUUCCAAAAACCCCAAAACGUUCCGGGCUCCGUUCAGCGUGUCGGGCGGCGGGCUCGCCAAGCAGAAACCUCAGCCCGCACCCGGCGGCAGCAGCUCCACCAACAAGGGAGGAGUUUCACCCGAUAAAACUCCGCCCCCUUCCUCAGCGUCUGUCUCAGCCAAUCAGCGGCAGAGGGUGGUGGGCGGGGCCGUGCAGGGCUCUAAGGCAGGAAAUGGCUGGGCGCCUUUAGGAACUCUGGCUACGUCUGCAACAACGUCGCACCUGUCACAGGUUUCAGCUGCAGGCGCUCCUCUGCUGACCAACCACUCCGCUCUUCCUCUGGGCUUCGGGAUGUUAGGAGGUCUGGUUCCCGUCUCGCUGCCCUUCCAGUUUCCCCCGUUACUCAGUUUCAGCGCUCGUGGAACGGCGGGGGCCGCUAGCAUGGGCUCCACCCCCAGCUCCAACUCAGGAUAUCCACUAGCACAGAGCGACCUAAUGGAUCUGUAUAAGAGUCUCCAGUCAGGGUCGCAGGCUGCCCUACCUCCUCACUUGCAGCUUGCUUUUUCAGACGCCAACCAAAGCCAGGGGGCAGAAAGCAAGAGGAAAACCCACUGAUCAAUAAGUCCCGCCCUCCUGGACCCUCGGCUCCGCCGCCACGUCGAGCAGGACGGGGGGGCGGAGCUCCGACGUCCCCCUUAAAGGAGCCGGCGUUCCUCCUCCUUACAGGAACAAACGGCCUGUACUGUCUGACGAAGCGGGAGGAGCAGAGCGCCUCCUUCAGUUUGGCUGGUUUUUAUUUUUGUCGACAUGUUUACAUUUGACUGACCUUGAUCACUGUGGAAUGAGUGCGAGCGAUUGGUACGUCGGAGAGCAGCACGACGCUCCACUAUAGGAUUCGUAUUUUAGAUUCUGUGGUAUAACAGGACGCUUCUUAUUGCAGUAUAUGAAAAAAAGUCUAAAAAAACCAGAAUAUAUAAGUUAAGUUUCUGUCUUGUCUGAAACGUGGGAAUCGUGUCUAGAGACGUUUCUUGUUGGUCACCUCUGCUCCCACUGCUGACUGUUAAGUAGUAGCUUAAAUUAAUACCAUUAAAUUAUUUUUUAAUGUAAACAGGGAUAAAACCAUGAGUGUGACGGUUGCCUUGAAUGUGUGUUUGUACAUAGGAGAGCUUAAUAUACUGUUAAUUUCUUUCUCUAAGGACUCGUUCCCCUCUGAUGAGAGCAAGCAGGCAGAAGCUGGACGGUUUUUGGUGCUUUUUAUUCACACUGGACCUUUUUUUUUUUCUUGAAUAUAUAAACUAAAAAAAAAGGAGAAAAGACUUGAAUUGAAAGAGUUUAGCGAUCCUCUGCCGGGGCGGCUGGGGAAGAAGCAACAGGAUUGUAGCCUACUUGAAGAUUUUAAUGUUUUACUGCUUAUUUAAUCAAACCCACUUAAUAAAACAGAAACGCCUUAGUUUGUAUAGAA